CAAUCUCAUUUCCUAUAUAUAGCUUCUCUAUCCGUAACCCAUCAUUCUCCCCGCCUCUCCCUCCCUCCGCUCCCGCCCAAGGAAAAAAUGGAUAACAAUGCCACCACGUGGCCUGAACAAGAGCUAGAAAACCUGAAAGCCAUCAAAGUACUAGGCAAAGGAGCCACGGGAACAGUCUUUCUCGUUCAUCACAAAUCAAAUGAUCCUGCUGCCCGCUGCCCUUUUGCUCUCAAAGUCGUGGAAAAAUCCUCCUUAUCCAUGAAGCCCAAUGCCGAAAGCCGUGCCCGGCGGGAAAUCUCUAUCCUUAAUCGCCUCAAACAGCAGCCAUCUCUCCAUUCCUUCCUCCCCAACCUCCUUGGAACAUUCGACACAGACGAUUAUCUUUGUUGGGCCACCCCUUAUUGCCCCGGGGGGGACCUCAAUGUCCUCCGCUUCCGCCAAUUCGACCAUGUCUUUUCGCUGGCUGUGAUCCGUUUCUACCUGGCUGAAAUCAUCUGUGCCCUGGAAAAGCUCCACAGCAUGGGCAUUGUGUAUAGAGACUUGAAACCGGAGAACAUAUUGAUCCAACAUUCUGGUCAUCUAACCUUGACGGAUUUCGAUCUUUCACGUACCUUGUCACCCAAGAAAAUGGAAACCCUACUGUUCACCUCCGACCCUGAAGGGGAGCCAUCGGCCAAUAUCCGAAAACAACACCACCGCCAUCGGAGGAAUCUCACGCGCUUUAUUACUCUCAAGAUGGAGAAAAACAAAGCGCUUGGGAGCAACAAGGGGUUGAAGAAAGCGAAAAGUGCACGUGUUUCGCCGGUGAGCAGAAGAAACCCUAAUCUUUCAGCUGAACGUACGAAUUCGUUCGUUGGCACGGAAGAGUACGUUGCGCCGGAAAUCAUACGUGGAGAUGGACAUGAAUUUGCUGUGGACUGGUGGGCUUUGGGAGUUCUUUGUUACGAAAUGCUGUAUGGGACUACGCCGUUUCGAGGGAAAAAUCGAAAUGAAACCUUUUGGAAAGUUCUCAUGAUGCAGCCGGAGUUUAUCGGAAAGCCUAACUCAUUGACGGACUUGAUUGGUAAGUUGCUGGAGAAGGACCCCACGCGCCGACUGGGGUACCAGAGAGGCGCGUCAGAGAUUAAAGAGCACGAGUACUUCAGAGGGCUGAGGUGGGAUUUGAUAACGGAGGUUUUAAGGCCGCCGUUUCUGCCGUACAGAGACGAGACGGAAUUGACAGAGCUGAGUAAGGGUGGAACUGAUAUAAGAGAUUAUUUCCAGAAGUUGAAGGUUCCACCGUCACCGUCAUGGUCGCCGUCACUUGAUGAAUGCCGACAUAACGUUUCAUUAACGGAGUUCUGACGCACGUGUAAAGAGUUAGCUAGAUUUUAGACAGUGAUUAUCUCUUUAUUAUUUUACUACUUUUGUCAUUUUAAUUUUAAGAUUGUCUGUAUAUAAAAUAAGGAAUAGGACUUAAAAGUCGGCGUUAAUCAAGAUAGAUGUUAGUUGUUAUACGAACAUAAUGAUGAUGAUUAUAGAUUUUAUUAUGUGUUAAUGAGUGUAUUUUAAACGCGUUUGCAAGGCGCGUGGUGA